CUAACAUGUGGCUCGUGCGGUAAGAUAUGUCGGCUUUCCCCACCACUCCGUUAGACGCUAAGGAUGUUCGUCGUCACUAUUGUCGAUCUCGAUGCACUCAUUUAUGCCUUAUGCCCGAUCUGACCACAGUGUAUCUGUACAAGUCUUCAGUCUAUACUCUGUGACCACACCGAGUCGCGUCAAAUUAAAUCGUGUAAAUGUAGUGCACGGGUUUGAUAGAAUCGCAGACAAUAAUAUUUAUUAUUAAGUUUGUUUGUGUAUCGAGUACUGGCUACGUAAAUGUCAUUUCAACAGAAUAGAAAUACAAGCAAUGAUAUUAAAUCGCUUAUAUAUAAUUCAGUUGGAUAACUUAACGUAUCACCGUAAAAGAGCGUAACAUUUACCAUAAUACCAAAAUGGCUGGUGACAAAGUAGUCGUUAGUUCUUCGAACAUGUCUGGAGAAAAGUCACACCAAAUUGGUGCUUGUAACGUGGGUUUAAGUUUGGAAGACGAGUUUGUCGAAUCUAUUGAAUAUAUUCCGUCUCCAGAAUUUCAAUUUUCGACGGUGGCUUGUUGUUUCUGUAAUGGAUAUUACGGGCCAUGUUUUGGAGAACCUGUUUGCCCAACAUGUCAUGCGUUUUUAUUUCCUAAUGAUAUUGGUCUUCUGCAAGUUCCCAUCUUCAGCGAAAAAACAGACGAUGAAGAUUCUGGAAACGACGAGCCAACUGAACUUUACUACAACCACGAAAGGAGAGCCAGUCAGCAACAACAAAAUUCUCCGCAAAAUACAAUCUCAAAUGUAUCAAACAUAUCCAAUAUCUCUAAUCAUAAUUCUCAUAUACCUCCACGUAUUCACUUGCAAAAUGAAAAUAUUUCAGCAAUACAAAAUUAUCAAAAAGUUCAUUGUGUUAUAAAUACAAGUGGUUCUAAAAGUACGUCGGUAUUGUCGCAAAAUAUGCACCUUUUUCAUGAUGUACAUUCCGGUAAAAUACAAGAAAUAAGUAAUGGGAACGACGAUGUAUACCAUCAGAAUCACGACGAUAAAGCGUCGAUGGUAAGUUCUCAAUAUAUGAUGGAAGAAGUUAUGCAGGCUCAAGAACUAGAAAACUAUCAGCACUGUCGCCAGUGGAAUUAUAAAGUUCGCGACGAUUUAGGAGAACCAUCAAGAUCGUACAGUUUAUCCGAACGAUUAGAAAUGUUAAAGAAUUAUAAACACAUUGAACAUGAAACUAUUAACGAGCCAGGAUUAGUGGAACGGUUACCGCCAGAAGUUUUGCUGCUCGUUUUCUCACAUUUGGAUGAUGUUAGUCUUUGGUCGGCUGCAAACGUUUGUCGCAGAUGGUGCGGUUUAUUAUCCACACAUAUAACGCCGCAACAAUGGCAACAAAAAGUUAAAUUACGAUGGCCUUUAUACAAGCCCAUAGGAUCUGUUAAGAACUGGUACAAAGCAUACGAUUUUUUGGCCUCCUCUGCACCUUGCAGAACAUGUUUAGCGCAAACAUGUUUACGGUCACGGCCUUUAAGAAUGGAAGAAAAUUCGUGGAGAAAAAAACGAUUGCACAGCGAGCUCAAGAGUUUGAGAAUAGACCCCCCUGAAGAUAUACAGGCGACGCCUUUGGAUCAAAUGUGCUGCUAUUGGCAAGCUACGAUAACUGGCCCUGUAGGAAGUCCGUACGAAGGAGGCUUGUUUUAUCUUUAUGUACAAGUGCCAUGCAGUUAUCCUAUGUAUCCGCCGAUAGUAAGAUUUCUUACAAAAAUACUUCACCCAAAUGUAUCUAGACACGGCGAUGUUGGUAUAGACUCGAUCCACCACAAUUGGUCAUUAGCAUUAACAAUACCAAAGGUUUUAAUCAGUGUUCAAAGCCUUCUUACGGAUCCAUAUUGUCAGGUGUGCAUGGAACCAGAAUUGGGUGAAAUGUAUUUGAACGAUCGUGAAAGGUUUGAUGAAAUUGCCAGGGCAUGGACAUGGCGAUAUGCUAUGCAUGACGUUGUAACACCGCUAUAAAGAAUUUAUUAAUAAAUUAUUUAAUAUAUACACACGUACUAUUUCAUUAUCUUUUUAGUUAAUAUUUAUCGAAAAUGUGAGUUGAAAAGUUUUGUAAUAGUAAAUUAGUUUACUUACAUUAUACAUAGACCAAUAUACUACAGUAAAACGUAUUAUUAUCCUUUACAAUAUUCUUGCAAUCUGAUUGUGUUUUAAUU